AUGCUCUCGUAUGUAUUGCCCAUGGGGGACAAACCUCCGCCGGUAGAAUCGACACAAAGUUGCAGUCGUCUGACAAGAGUUCAACAAAAUCAUGGGGAGAUGAUGCGGAACGGAUUGGCGACAGUUGGAGCACCGAACCGAGUAGCCGAUGGCAAUAAAACAAUAUCAAAUAAUAAAAAUAAUAGUAGCGUUAAGAAGAUAUCAACGAGCACGACUACGGGAAUCGCGAUACCUACAUCACCAACGACAAUGAUCACGACGACAUUAUCCUCGAUGAGGAUCGAGGAUGAAACAAUUCGAGAUAAUGGCCGAUACCAUCAAAGUGAAAUAAGUAAUGAUAUUAGUCCGAAGCAUAAUGGGAAUGGUACAACGACCAGAAAGUCAACGCUUCAUACUUCCAGAGUUACCAAAGACGAUAGUCUUCAUAGUAUUAAUAGUGAAGCUAGUACUGUUGGAAGUGACCGGAAGUCCAAAAUUGCUAAUGGCGGCAAGCACGCAAGUCUCAAAAGAUUUCAUGAAAUUAAAAGUUGA